GGAAUUUCUGAACCAAGCUUGCGGACGAACUCCAUUGAAGCGGAAUAAACAAUGCUGACCGCGUCAGGACUCUCCAGGAGAUGUGAGUCAGACCCAUCACCUCACGCACAGCACAACAGAUGAGUCUUCCUCACGCUACAUCUGUUCGGCUGGAAAUGAUCACUUCGUUAAUUCCUGAAAGCACUGCAGCGACCAACCACCUCUGACAGACACAUAUUUUGUCCGGGGAAAUGGAUGCAAGCCCAGCCACCUCCUUGUCGUUUUUGUAUAAAAAUGAUCCUAUUUAUUCCCUUUGUGCUCCCGAUCUGAUGACAGCCUCUCAGGCUGUGAAUAAUAAUUUCAUCAAGGAGCAGAAAAAACUAAUGCAGACGUUAAGACGACUGGACCAUCAGAAGCUGACCAGAAUGCGACAGAUGAAUGAGGAGAAAAAACAGUUUGCUCACCUCAUGAAGAAAAAGCUCGCCCCUACCAACAGACUCCUUCUUCACGCACCAUCUGGAAGUUCAACGAUAUUCACUGCGGACAGAAUCAUACGAACAGCAUUCUCCACCAACACCAGCUUCGCCGUCAGCGACAGCAGGAAAAGUACAGCGAAAAGCAGCGACCGCAGACAGAGCAGUGCUAAACACCUCACACCAGAGUCGAGCCCCAUUUGCAGACCUGAUAUCCAGUCUGGUGACAACUCCCUUGAUGCAAAGACCAGAAAGCUGAAAGUGUCACAAGCAUACUUCAUGUCCACAAUACCUUUGAAUAUGUGUAAAUGUGGUCACUCCAGUAACCUGCUGACAAGAAGUGAAAGCUGCCUACCUGUUCUGCAGUCACAUGUUGGCUAGGAGGAGACCUAGUUUACAGAGAUUUUACCAGUAUGAGCUGCCAGCCUCAUACUCCCACCAACAGCAGCAGAAGGACCCGUCAAGCAUUAAGUAGUAUCUUCCUGCAUUGUGCUGCUCUCAUAUUAAUAACAAUAGCAUGACUGGAUAAAGAACAAAGGAGAGCUACUGCUACUCUAUUAAAUGCUUUACUGUAGCAGGCUAUGAGUCCUUCUGGCACAUAUGAAGUUAAGUGGUUCAGAUUGCAAUGUAUUCAGAUUUCAAGCACCAUUCUUUUAAAAGAUGUUUAUUAUUGUAAAUUAUUUCCCAGGUGCAAGAUCUUCAGAUAUUGAAAUACAUAUCAACUGUUACAGUGGCUAUACCGAUCGACACUAAUCUAAAAAAGAGAUUUUUAAAAAAAAAAAAAAAAAAAAGAAGAAAUGGACCUGAAGAAUAAAAUGGUAUAAAGUU